AUGGAUAAUUGUUUUUCUUCGAAAUUGAAUGUUCGAAGUUCUGGAUUUCUGAAUUACGCUGUCGAUCGAAAUUUUAAAAAAAUUAGACAAUAUAUAACCUCUAAGACUGCUACCUUAAGUAAUAAGAGUGACAAACAAACAAUUAGGAAAGUAUGUAGAGAUUUGAGUAAAUAUCUAAUUGAAAACAAGUCUCCCCCAUCAUAUUAUAGGUCUUCUAAAGAUACAUGGGAAGGGGCAAUAAAAAAUUGGGUAAGAUCUCACUAUGAAAAUGUUGAUAUACAUGGGAAAUGUCCUGUUGUUAUGAAUGAAAGUGAUAUGGAACUUUUAGAAUUAAAAUAUAAAGAAGAAGAAUUUUGUGAAAAAAGAAGUACAUAUAUGAAUAAAAUAAAACUAUUAAAAAGAGGAAUCUCAAAUACAUGUGAUGACGAGUAUUUAAAUAUAUGUAAUGAAUACAACAAUUGGAUUGACGCGAUGAAGAUUUAUUUUGAGACAAUUACAAAUCGCUUUCGACAUUGCUACAGAAAAAAACCAAAUAAAGGAAAAAGAAGACAAAGUCAAGAAAUAUUCUGCGACGUGUUCCAAAAGGAAACUUUUACAAAAACUUCUCAUUGCUUACCCAUCAAUAAAAUUCCGUCUUGUAGAACUUUACCUGAAAAAAAAAGUGAUAGUUCACAAGAAUCAGAUCAAGAAAAAGAUAAACUUCAACUAAAAUCUGAAGUUUCAAUGGAAAUAAGCUCUGAAACUCCACCACGUAUGGAAAUUCUAGAUGUACAGAAAGCUGAAACUGAAGAACAAUUUCCAAAGGAACAGAAAAGUCAAUCUGAUGCUCAGUCGUUAACUGAAACAUCAAGUUCUCAAGAUAAAAGUACAAGUAUUCCAGCUAUGCAAAUUAAACCAAAUGUAAAAUUAGAAGGAUCUACACAGGAUAAUAUUGAAAAUACAGUAUCACCAGGAUCCGAUACUUUAGCAAAUUCAAAUUCUGAAGGAUCAGGAGUAUCCCCUGCUAUUGAAACUAAUGCUCCAAGUGCUCAAUCAUUAAUUCAUAUGCCAGGGAUAUUUAAAAAAAAAAAAAAGAUAAAAAGAAGACAAGUGAAAUUUCUAAAAAUACUAACACCUUCACAUUCUUGCACGAAACACAAAUUUGUAAAACAUGAUAAUAUGGAAUAUCCAUUAUAUGAUGAUGAAGAGAUAACAAAAAAAAUAAAAAUACUUGAACAUAACAAGAAUAAUAAUAUAAACGCAUCAAAGCAAAACAAACAUAGAUACAAAACUAUCAUAGAAGUACAUAUGCAAAUACUCGAAGAAUACAGAAAUGAAGAAUGGGAGUAUACAAAAGGAGAAUUUUUAGAAAUAUGCUUAGAAUUGUUAACAAAAGGCGAACACAAUACAUACCCUUUUUUAACUAAUGACGAACUAAUAAUUGGAAAUACAAAAAGUAUUAAUCAAAAAGAAAAACAAAAAAUAUUAUGGAAUAAAUGGAUAGAAAAACAUCAAAAUCUUGCUGACAAAUUGAAAAAAGAACAUUGGUUUAAUAAUUUAAAAAUUGAUUGGAAAAGAGAACUAGCUAACUUAAAAAAAAGAGAAGAAUUAACAAAUGAUCCUGAUGAAAUUCAAAAUAUUCCAUUUUCACAAAGAGAAAAAGAUAUAUGGAGACAGUGGAUAUUGGAAAAUUGUAUAAUUAUUAAGCAAUAUAUUAAACAGCACUUAUUUAACUAUUUGACUGAUGAACUCCAGAUUAUACCAGAUGAACAUGAUAAUGAAAAAAUUAAAGAUUCUUUGCUAUUAAUUAAUAUAGGAGAAUUAUCGGACAAAGAAGACUGCCAAGAAUUAUAUAAAUAUAUAAAAAAAAAAUUAUUAACAAAACUGUGUAUCCUCGUUCUUAUGUCAGUAUUAGAAGAAUGCAAAAAAGAGCAGGACAUUGAAAAAAAUGAAUCACAUUUGGAUAAUUACAUAAUUGAAUUUAAGGAGAAAGAAAAUUCAGAUAGUAAAAAAGAAUUUAUAGAAAACAUAAGUGACUUUAACCGGAAUUUUUUGGGAAAUAUGGAAAAUUCUGAUUAUACAACAGACGAUAGCUUUAUGAAAGAGUUAGAAAAUUGGAUAAUAGAAGAUAAUACAAAUGCAAAUUCUAUGGAAAAAGAGAAUACUGCAGACAAAUACUAUUGA